CUUCGCGGGAGUUGUCACUACAGGAGCGGUCGUCUCUUUAAAAUUAGCCAAGCAGUAUACGGAGACUACUAGGGCAACCAUGUCUGACAGAAAGGCAGUGAUCAAAAACGCUGACAUGUCGGAGGACAUGCAGCAGGACGCCGUGGAGUGUGCCACACAGGCCCUGGAGAAGUACAACAUCGAGAAAGACAUCGCUGCAUAUAUCAAAAAGGAGUUCGACAAGAAAUACAACCCAACCUGGCACUGCAUCGUUGGGAGGAACUUUGGCAGCUACGUGACUCAUGAGACCAAACAUUUCAUCUACUUCUACUUGGGUCAGGUGGCCAUUCUGCUGUUUAAGUCCGGCUGAAAGGGGAAGGCGUUUUCUCAAUUCAGCUGACCAUACAUACAGUACUGACUGACUCGACAAAGGCACUUAUCAUUCCUUGGCAAGGGGCCGCUGCCUUUUUCUGUGCUGCUUUCUACUUUGUUUUUGAGGAUUAACAAAAAAAAACAAAAAAAAACAUGGCCAUGUAAAAGAGAUGAAACACUUGUAUUUAUUUUUGUCUUGUUACGUUAGACAUGUCAUUUUUUAAUUAAAGCGUUGCUGUCAAGCUGG